AUGGCCAACCCCACACACAACCCCUCGCUAGCCCCCGGGAGCUUUCGGUCCGUCAGCAUGACUGUCCUACUGUCGGCAAACUCCCCCUUGGACGAGAUCGGCAAUGUCAACUUCCGCUCGUUCAGUGCGGGAGUGGCGCUGCCAAGCAGCAUCUCCGUUUCGGCGCUCCGGCUGAGAUGUGGUGACUCGCAAGUGGCAGCGAAUACAAUACGCAUUCAUAAACCCGGAGCACGCAGCAUUGACGGCUUCCUUGAAGAAACGGUGCCAAGCGCUUUAAGAGGUGAGGAAGCGGAACCAUACGUUUUCCGUAACCCAUCUGUCAGACGAAAACUAAGCUUCAAUACCGAGGGGGAGACCGAAAACGAUGAGGUUCCCCAGUUGAAGGUGCUGAAAACCAGAAAUCCUUUAGUAACGUCCAAUGCUAGCGUGGUUGUAGAAGCUUUCGACAGUGGACUCCUCCCGGAAUUCCUGGAGCGGGCACCCUCUACUAUGUGCUAUUCCGCUACCCAAUCGGCAGAAGAAGCGCUCAAUGUCAAGAUCCAGGGCGUGCGGAGCCAACCGGUUAGAAUCGGCUCAAACGCGGAUAUCCAGCCACAACAGGCAGUUUUCGAAGAUGAUGGGGAUACCAGACCGCAGAGGAAAGACCCCAAGCGGUUCCAUCAACACCGUGCUUCCAAUUCUACGGGAAACAUCCUCUCGGAUCUAGACGGAUCAGCUGACCCCGACGACUUCAGCUUUGAUAGCCCGGGCCCCCCAAACGUCAAGCAGUUACAAAGAACCCCGUCAGCUCCAGUUUUGAGCACCCAAUGGCGAAUAGGACCAGAAAUGGGUAAUUCCUUGAGAAGGGGUCCUUCCUUCCACCUAAUGGAGGCAGAGACUUCUGCUAGCGAGUUGAAGCAUGGUUCCGGAUUGAAUAGGAAUACCAGCUUCGAUACGUCAAAAGCCCUGAGAAGUGGAACCCCGGCGAAUGUAUGUGGCUACGCAGACUUACAGGCUGAUACGCUGAGAUCAAGCAGUGAAGUUCCAUUGAGUGCGAGAAUCCCUGAAGCUCCGUUGGCCUCUAUAACAACCUCCAGUGAAGUUCCAUUGAGUUCUUCGAGAGAGCCAGGGAGCGGCCCUGGCCACCCUCAGUCCACCAAAACUGCUCUUGGCCAGAGAAAGCUACAGGCUACUUCGAAGAAAAAUUCUGGUAAUCACCCACAGACACAUCCCCAGGAUAACUCAAAUAAACCUUCAGAUAUUCAGCCUCACGCUCUGCCGACCCUGCUCGGAUACCGGCCAUCUCCGAAGCCACACAAUUCCUCUAACCACAGCUCUUACCGACUGGAACAGGAUGUUCUCUUACAACGGGCCAAGUCGCUUGCGAAACUCGGCAGUCAUAUGGAAUCUGCGUACCACUUCCGGCUUGCGGCCGAGCGCGGCAGCACCGAGGCGAUGCUCCUCUACGCGAAGUGUCUUUGUGACGGCAAGGGGGUGCGUAAGAACCAUAGCGAUAGCUUUAUCUGGUUAUGCAAGUGUGCCAGCAGUGAAGAUAUGAAACCUAUUGGCUUUCUGGUCAAUCCUCGCACCCCGCAGUGUGAGGUCAUGGUGGACCCCAUGACCCUCAAAUUGAGUCUGGAAUCCACACGGACCCCCCACCACAAAACCUACUGCAAGGCCCUCUAUAACAUUGGGAUAUAUGUGUUGAACGGAUGGGGCGUCCCUAGGGAUGAGCUCGAGGGCGCCAGGUUUCUCGAGCUUUCGGCUUCUUUUGGCGAUGUCGAGGCGAUGACACAUCUUGGCGAGAAUGUCUGGAGCCAGAAGAAAGCGGGAAAGCGCAAAAAGGACUUGAAGCGAGCCGCUUGCUGGUUGCGCUUGGCCGAGUCGUGCGGGGCGAACUUGAUCGGUCAAAGCUGGAUCCAUGAAGAUAAGUAUGUAAAGUAG